AAAUUAUUAUAGAUCACGAAGUUGUAUAAAUUGUUUUGAAAGCACUUUACUUUACUAGUAAUGCAUUUGAGAUAUCCAUUCUAGGCCCAAAUGCGAUGCUAAUCAGUUGCCAACGACUGUACAGAAAGAUAAAAAAGCAAAAAAAAAUGGGGUAAUUAUGUGUGUUCUAAAGUGCUCAAUGAUAUUGUUAGUAGUUGCGUUUUAUGAAACUGUUUAAGUAGCUACACCAAAGGUGACUUCAUUCCAGUGGCCGACUUCGGUCAAUUCGCGAUGGUUAACGUUCGGCUGCGCAGCCUUAGGACGCCCCUGCUCUGCCUUUCGGGCUGCCUGUUCAUCUUUCUGUUGGUCAGGCUUAUUGGAACCCCCAAAAAUCUUCCGAGACUAUCAUUACUAUACGAGAAAGCCAUUGUCCACCAUGGAAAUCUCCAGGAACCAGCCACCGAUGAGGUGGCGACAAGCAUGGAUAAAGACGAUCUAGAAACCCUUUUACGUGGCAACGAAAACGAAGACUGGGCCCAAGGCAACGAAUGUCCUCCCUAUCCACGUUACGAAAAUAUCCACUUCCCAAAUCCCUACUACCAACUUAUACAGUCUGGUAACCUAAGUUACUACCUAUACGGGGCAUACUACGAUCGCAGGCCAAGAAUAGCUGAGGUAAUGGUCCUGGGCAUGGUGACCACAUGCACAGGGCCAUAUCCUGAGACAUAUCUGCAAGUGUGGUACGAUGGAGAUACAAAAGCGGAAAUCGUACCAAUGCAUCAGACCAAACUGGGCUGGUACAAGGAAUGGGGCAACUACGUGGAUGUGGCAUAUCCAACAUUAUUGACAUUUCAAAUGAAAUCAAAAAAGAUACCACGGCUGGUUAGCCUGGUCUUUGGAAAUCCUUGUGCUUUGCCACAGAAUGCCUUGCAAGUGCAAGUACAACCACCACCGGAGUAUGAAGAGGCGCCACCCAAUCCCAAUCGUAGGCCAAGAAUCGGUGUUUGUGUUAAGUAUCUAAAUUUUCCCGAUAUCGAUAUGUCCGAGAGAUUUGUGGAAUGGCUGGAACUGAUGAGAUUACUGGGUGCCAGCAAAGUGACAGCCUAUGAUAUUGGCAAACUAAUGCCGAAUACAUCAAGAACCUUGGCCCAUUACACGAGACCCGAAGAUGGUUUAUUGGAUUUGAGGAAAUUUCAAUUUCCUGAAGAGACCAAGACCUAUGAAAGAUUUCGUAGUGUUAUUAUUGAAGUAUUACUGUACAAUGACUGCUUGUACCGGAGUCUCUAUGAUUUCGAUUUCAUUGCCGUUCUGGAUGUAGAUGAGGUGAUCAUGCCAUUGGGUCAGCUACGUAACUGGCAAGAUUUGCUGGGAGAACUACAGUCGCGGGAUGUUAACUGCACGGCAAGAAGUAGCUAUUGUUUCCGGAAUGUUUAUUACCCCAAAGAACUGCCCGAGGAUGGCAGCAUACCGAAACCCUUCUAUAUGCUCCGUCAUGUCGUUCGAGUGGCCGAUCAUUUAAAUCCCGCCUUGGCCAUCAAAUGCCUUCAUGACAUCGGUCAUGUCACUGUCUUGCAUAAUCAUUUUGCUCUCCAAUGGAUGGACUCGUGUGCACCAUUCGAUGUCCAUAGCGAUCUUGCCCAAAUGCAACACUAUCGUCAUGUCGAUGAUCUAAAGACUUUAAAGGAACCGCCACCCGUACGGGAUGAUAACAUCCGACGGCUACAGCAGCAACUCAUCCACAAUUCCAUGCAAGUCCAUCGACAGUUGGGCUGGGGAGCAGCAUAUUGAUUAUAUUUUAAUUGCUUUUUCGGUACAUUUAAGAGGCUUAAAUUGGUGGCCGGGCCGGGCCACGUGUCCGUCUGUCCCGUUACUUUGUACGUGCGCCACCUUUUGACCCCGUAGCCACGUCAGCAGGAUAAUAAUUGCUUAUUGACAGUGUCCAGUGUCCAGUGUCCAGUGUCCAGUGUCCAUACUCCAUACUCCAUAGACCAGAAUAUGUGUGUUGUGGGCAGAAAAGUUUGCUUUUUCCAUUUAGCUUAGCCGCAUCAUGGGGUCAUGGGGGUUUCAGGGUCGUGGUAUAUACAUACCAAAGUCCCCAUGGGGGGUUAUAUAAUUGAUAAGCCAUAGAUAUAGACGGACCAACUCACUAUCUCUCUCUCUCCUUUUGGGAGUUCUAAACAGAAAAGUAGGCUAAAGACAGGAACUACCUCUUCCCCUGCUAACUAAGGGUUAAGCUAAUUUGCAUUUUCUAUUCUUUAAUUUAUUUUUAAAAGUAUUUUAAGUUAAGUUUCUAUUUCUAAGACUAAAAACUGUUCAGUAUUCAAAGGCAGCUUCCUAAAAAGUUAGUAAAAUAUUAAAAAAAUAUAUAAAAAUGAAAUAUUUAAGCCCCUUAAAACCCAUUUCCUUUCCUUUGGUUGACGAUACAAAUUAAUUGAGAGAUUCCUUGCUUCCUUUUCAGCUUAAUUAAACGGAAAUCCUAGUUUUGCAAAAUUCAAAAUGACAAAAGAAGCCGCACUACAGAAUCCACUUCAAUUUUCUACCCACCACCCACUUUUUGCAUUGGCCAACAAAUUAAUUUUCCUUUACAUUGCAAUUUUUGAAGUGGAGCCCAGAAAUUUCAGCAGCAGCAGCAGCAGCUUUGGUAUUUGAGACUUUUGAUUUGGUCAUCCGUUGCAUUCCAUUCAGCAAAAAAAAACAAAAAAAAGAAGAGAAAACGAAAAGCCACAACAAUUUCAAAGACUUUUCCUUUUGCCGGCAAUGGAAA